GAGAUUCAGUAUCAUCAAAGGCAUUGCGCGUGGACUUCUCUAUCUCCAUCGUGACUCAUGCCUCAAAGUUAUUCACCGAGAUCUAAAGGUGAGCAAUAUUCUUUUGGAUGAGAAGAUGAACCCAAAAAUAUCAGAUUUUGGAUUGGCUCGGAUGUAUCAAGGAACCGAAUAUCAGGACAACACUCGCCGUGUUGUAGGAACUUUAGGAUACAUGGCUCCUGAGUAUGCAUGGACUGGGGUGUUCUCUGAGAAAUCCGACAUCUACAGCUAUGGAGUUCUGCUGUUAGAAAUCAUUAGCGGAGAGAAGAUCUCAAGAUUCAGCCAUGCUGGAAAAACCCUUCUUGCAUAUGCAUGGGAUUUUUGGUCUGAAAACAAAGGAACUAAUCUUCUAGACCAAGUUGUUACUAACUCAUGUUGCCCAUCUGAGGUUAGUAGGUGUGUUCAGAUUGGUCUGCUUUGUGUUCAACACCAACCAGCAGAAAGGCCUAACACACUUGAGUUGCUGUCCAUGCUCACCACAACAUCAGAUCUUCAUCACCUAAACAACCCACAUUUGUAG